AUGGAUCUGCUACCAGCUUUCGGGGCCAACUCACCUUUGAGAAACUGCACGAACUGCACCAACACAACAAGCUUAUUAAGGGACGAUGUGAGCUACGUAUUUUACUACAUCGGCCUGUCCUGUAAUUUGCCUAUAUGUAUAGCAUACAUCUCGGCGUUGAUCCUCAUUUUGAAGCACCGUUGCCUCCACGACGCAUCAAACUUUUUUCUUGCAAACCUUCAAGUUGCUGGGCUCCUCUUCAAUAUUGCUGUCCUCAUCUUCUGCUUGUUUUCUCGCUCCUCUUCGGAGGACAUUGCACCCCUGACAAUCACCGGGCUGACUGGUGUGUUUCAGCUGACGAUUGGUGGCUUUUGCUUCAGCUCCGUAGUCGUUGGUGCCGACAGGUUUUAUAAAAUCUCCAGACCAAUGCGUUAUAUGCAAUUUGUCACAAAUAAACUUAGUGUGUACAUCAUUAUCGGGUUGUGGAGUGUUCUCAUCAUUCUUCUUCUCGUGUGGCAAGUCGGGGCAUUUGCCACGGUGGGAUUCCAGUUUCCCUCAGAUGAUGAAUUGAAAACCGAGGUGGCCCUGAAUUACAGGUCCUUGAUGAUUUUCAUUGACGUCGUGGCUAUCCCUUGCUUGGUUAUAAAGACGUGUUUAUGCGUUGGCUUGGUGCGAAUCGCCAGAGCCCAUAAGAGGAGAAUCCGGGAUGAACAACUGGCCCUGGCAGUCGUCUGCAGUCGCAUCAGAGAAUGUGAACCCUCGACCAGCAACUCGUCACCCAAAACGCAGCAGAAAGAUACCGCGGGUCCGAAACUUAAGCCAUGUCAAAACGCAAACAAAGAGACAAACUAUUUCGUGACGUAUGUGACUCUCUUCGUAUUGUGUUGGUUCUCGUUUAUUGCACUGAACAACAUCGGUGCAUUUGGCCGCACUGACGUCUCUGUUGAAACAUUCUUUACUCAGAUUAGUGGCCAGUCUUUGGCUCCACUAACUCAAGUAUUUUUUGGGACGAUGUUUUUGACAUACUCGCAGUCUGAACACAGAAAAGUUCUUGGUGAGAUUCUGCGCUCUUUUCGGGCGAAAUUCAAAUGCUUUUAG